AUGAGGAUUAUCGACUCUUUGAGUUUCCUUCCCAUGAGUCUUGCUAAGCUGCCAAAGAGUUUUGGACUUCAGGAAUUAAAGAAGGGAUAUUUUCCUCAUCUUUUUAACACUAGAUCAGAUGUCGACAUUUUAAGGAGAUGCUGUCUGCGUUUUCGAGAGGAGUUCAUUGCUACUAACGGCUUAGAUCCUUUUUCCUUUGUGACAAUCGCAGCAGCGUGUAUGGGUGUUUACAUAGAUCUACAUUUAAAAGGAGAAACGAGAGCUGUUAUACCUCUGAAUGGUUAUGUAAGGAAUGUAAAUACAAGUGAAAUUGCUGCUGAAUGGUUAGCCUUUAUGGAAAUGAAGACAAGUGAAAUUGCUGCUGAAUGGUUAGCCUUUAUGGAAAUGAAGACAGGAAAACAAAUUCAAUAUUCUGAAAGAUGUCGAGGAGAACAGAAGAUUUUAAACUAUUUUGUGGAUGGAUACGAGCCAGAUGGAAAGACAGUUUACGAGUUUCACGGGUGCUUCUACCACGGUUGCGACAAGUGCUUUGACGAGUCAUCUAUUCACCCAUUUUACAACCGCCCUAUGUGGGCUUUAAAGAGAGACACGUUGAAAAAAGAAAGGGAAUUGCGUCAAACAGGAUAA